AUGAUAAAGUUAACUAAUUAUUCGAUUAACUCAAUAAGAACAAUUACGUAUUAUUAAUUUUCAAAGAGGAAUUAAUAUAAAAUAUAUAUUGGUAAUGAUCAUGCUGGUUUUGAGUAUAAAAACAUAAUAUAUGAUCAUCUCAAAUAGAAAGAAUAUAACAUAAUAAAUAAAGGAACUGACAUUAAAUAAAGUUGUGAUUAUAAUGAGAUUGCAACAGAAUUAUGUUAAGAAAUUCUAAAAAAUAAGUGUUUAGGAAUUCUAAUAUGUGGAAGUGGAGUUGGAAUGUCAAUGAUGGCUAAUAAAAUAAAAGGAAUAAGAUGUGCAUAAAUAAAUGAUAAUAAUUCUGCUAAAUAAGCAGGUCAAAUUGGCUGCAACGUAAUAUCAUUAGGAUAAAGAAUAAUUAGAAUAGAAGAAGCUAUACAAAUUGUGGAAACCUUUUUGAAUUAAAACUAAAAUUUACAUCCAGAAAUCAAUGAAAUUAUAUCUUAAUUUGAGAAUGAAAAUUUUAGAAUAUGA